AUGUUAUCAAGAUCAAUAAUAAGAAAUUCAAGGCAAUUACUAAAAUUACAAUCAAAUAAUUUAAUAAGGUCAUCAACCAUAGUGCCAUCAACAAUUACAUUCUCACAUCCACAACAACAAUCAAUUAUACCCACAACAAAUUCAAUAAUCUCUAAAAGAUCAUAUCAUGAAAAAGUUAUCGAUCAUUAUGAAAAUCCAAGAAACGUUGGAACAUUAAAUAAAAAUGAUGAAAGUGUUGGUACAGGUUUAGUUGGUGCACCUGCAUGUGGUGAUGUAAUGAGAUUACAAAUUAAAGUUGAUGAAAAAACUGGUAAAAUAGAAGAUGUAAGAUUUAAAACUUUUGGUUGUGGAUCAGCAAUAGCAAGUUCUUCUUAUGCUACUGAAUUAGUUAAAGGAAAAACUUUAGAUGAAGCUUUAGCUAUAAAAAAUACUUUUAUUGCUCAAGAAUUAAGUUUACCACCUGUUAAAUUACAUUGUUCUAUGUUAGCUGAAGAUGCUAUAAAAUCUGCUGUAAAAGAUUAUAGAUCAAAAAGAUUUAAUAAAAAACCAACAUUAGGUCCAGAUGCUGUUGCUACUGAAAACAGUGCUACUACUGCUACUACUGCUUAG